AUGGAGUUCAAAUGGAAAGACACUCACACACUUCAACGGGACGCCGAUGGAACUCCAGUGGGGCGAUUUGGGCCCGUGACAAAGACUAAGUAUGAUAGUGCGGUGACAUACCACUUCACGACCGGUGAACUGGACAAGUUGGAGCGUGUACAACGUGCUGCCAGUACACCCGUUGUUGGACUACGAGGGACCAGCUAUGAAGGUCGUCUACAGGCUACUGGUCUGUUCCCAGUUGCGUAUAGACACCGCAGGGGAGAUCUCAUGUGCCUGAGAAGGAUCCGGAAAGGUGAUAUGGGCCCGGAGCUGCAACAGUACUUCCCUUUACAGACAGCACCGCACGCGGAGGCACUCUCUCACGUUGCGGAAACUUUAGUCAGUUGGUCUUCCGUUAGUCUAUGGACUCUUAGGUCAACAACACUCUUGAAUUCCCUUCCAGCGAUUGUAGUGGAAGAGAAGAAAGACGCUGCUUUCAAACGGCGUCUGGAUGAGCACAUGAAGGGACUAUGGGAGAACGAACACUUGUGA